UUCUCGUCUCCCUGCCGUUGAAGCUUCAUAUAUACAUCUGCUCUUCGAGGUAGUUGUUAUCGGCGCGUCUUACGCUUUUAGAGCCAAAACAUUUUCUAGAUCAUUAAAAUAGUAUUUGAAAAUUAAAACAGUUGAUUCAAGAGAUGUGAUUGUUCUUUAAUUAUAACUGUCAUUAAAAUAUUCAUUGACAACAUUUUUCCCGCGACUCCACCCACUCGACGCUACCUUUAAUGGUAUUCGUUCAUGGAUUCUAUCAUCAUGAUUCUUGGUUAUUAUUCGUAAUAUACAAGACAGCGUUGGCGUUAAACGUUUACCAUACUGCAUCGAGUGUAUAACUUAGUUAUUUUGGGUUUGUGACAGUCGUUCUCAGUGAAGUGAUUACGAAUUUGUUGAUAAAUUCAUCCGAACGUGUUAAAGUCCUAGAUCAGCAACAUGGGGUUGUCCGGUUGCUAUGGGGUGAUCAAGUAUCUUGUCGUUUUGGUGAAUCUUAUUUUUUGGUUGGUCGGUUUGGCAGUACUAAUCUUGGCAGUAUGGAUGCUAUCAGAUCCCACGUUUUACUUAUCGAUGACACAAGAUGAGAGCAACUACUACAUUGGGAUUUAUAUAUUCCUGGCGGCCGGAGCACUUAUGCUGGUGGUCGCCUUUCUCGGUUGCUGCGGAGCUUUUCGAGAAAACACAUGCAUGCUUGUCUCGUUCUUCUGCUGCUUGCUAAUCAUCCUGGUAGCAGAGAUUGCUGCUGGUGCUUGGGUCUAUUACAAUGCAGAUCGCCUCGAGGGAAUGGUGCGAGCUUCCGUCAAGGCAACUGUGCAGGAGGAAUAUGGAAUCAUUCAAUCGCGGACUAUUACAUUCGAUGCCAUCCAGAAAGGGUUGCACUGCUGUGGAGCUAGUGGCCCACAGGAUUGGGCUCGCAGUCGCUACAACGGUGCCGAUGCCAAUAGUAUCAAUUUGAAAGUAACAUCAGACUUGGCUAUCUACAACAUGCCGCCAAGUUGCUGCAAAGCCGAUGUUUCAGAACUAGUAUGCGAUCAAAGCCGUAAAGCUGGCAUUACAGCAUAUCUCAAUCCAGUGAUCAAUUCUUCUGGUUGCAUUGACAAGCUGGUUGAGACAAUUCGAGACCAUAUGAGUUGGGUAAUCGGCAUUGCAAUUGGUGUCGCCGUCUUGGAAUUACUUGGAUUGAUUUUCUCUGUCGUGCUUUGCUGCGCGAUCAAACGAAACGAUCGCUACAAAGCCUAAAAAAAGCUUAACAAUUUAUUUGCUAAUAACGUAACAUAUGCGGAACAUCGAGAAUACAUCAUUUGAAUGGAACCUAAAUUAAAAUUGAGAGUUAUUGAACAUCAGCGG